GCAGAGGCAAUAGGAGCAGCGGCCAGCAUCAUCGGCAUCAUCGGCGCGGCAUUGACUGUCAUCCAAGAGAUCCGAAAUGCGCGGGGCAGGGUCCGGGGUACAUCUGAGACGCUGGAUAAUAUGUCCAAGCACCUGGAUGCUAUCGUUGAGUCGCUUAGCCUCGUUCGCGACGAAGACAGGCUGCAAACGGCCAGGGUCGAACUACAAGUGAAGGCCAUUACCAAUAUUACCGCCGAGCUUAGAUCAUUCCUGGAUAGCCUUGCUGCCAGGCAACGAGAGAAGACCAUGUCACAGUUCUUCUACGCGCUUAAAUCGGGCGACAAGGACGACAAAAAGCUGCAAGGCAUCCUGGACCAGCUUGACCGGGCUCGCAGUGAGCUCGGGUUGCGGAUCUCCGUGGCGCAAGUCGGCUUGGUGGGAAGUCUUCAAGACGGCUUUCGAGUUGCAUUUGGCGUUCUCGAACAGAUAAACACUAGGGUCAACAAAGUGCUCGGGAUCAACUUGGCUCUUAUGGAUAUUGUAAAGAACCAAGCGCUGCAGCAGACAGUGGAUGGAACCGUGCCGGUCCGCACUUCUGAUGUGCUAACGAUCGGAAUGUCUGGUCGCGACGACACGCCGAGCAUGAGCAGCUCUAGCGAGGUGAGGGAAACAAACAUUUAUGGCAAUGUGACACUUGGACAGGCCCGAAUUAUGACGGGCAAUAUUGGGGUAGAAGGCUGGCAGAGAACGGCGGGUCGUAAGACGACGAUUGCUAACAACCAGUUCGACCGCGACGUCCAAAUCAUGACUGGUGACAUGGGAGGGGAGGCGGCGAAGGGCUUUAACGAUUCGUUCUGGAAGUAA